AUUACUGCCACAGACCAAGUCUGUGUGCACAGCCUCUGGCCAUGGAGCCGGACAGUCGCAGAUAACAAAUCCAGACAUGCUUGAGAGAGAGGAGAUGGCUUCAACCACUUCCUCUGAGUCACAGCUCCAAUCACCCCAAAGAUCUCCAAACAAUUCGAUACUUCGGCCCCGCUCCUCUAAACCGGACAAAGUCUCCCAUCCUCCUCCAUGGGAAGAAGACCUGCAGCCGGAGGAUCAUCCCUGUAGCCCAGCAAAGAAAAUUCUUAUAUCUGUCUAUAUCUUGGAAUCUCAUAAAUUUCAAAACAAUGAUUUUAUUGAAAAUAUUCCAGACCAAAAUAUAAAUAAGGACAAAAAUCAAAAUUUACACCCAAUUGUAAAUCCUGAAAAACUGGAAUUGAAAUUGUUUUACCUUAUUCGCUUACUGAAAGACAGUUUUGAAAAACAAACAAAUAUUUCUGACAGAGCAGAACUUUUUACUAAAAUGAAAUCACAUUUGACUUUAGACAAAGAGUCAAGUAUUGAUUUAAUGACUCUAUGUGAACCUAUGAAGUCUGUCCUUGCAUAUUACCUGGAUGAACACAAAAGACAGGAAAAACAAUAUGCAUUUGCUGUUGCUUAUUUGAAAAAUGGUGAUUUGAUCAUUUUUCCUGCAGUUUAUCCAGACCAUUCAAAGGGUGGCGGAAGGUCUGCUGUUCCCACUAAAAAACACAGUGAGGAAAAAUUAAUUCAACAGAUUGACAAUUUUUUACAAAAAAAUGGAACCAAAGUGAUAAAACUUUUGGUGUAUUCCUAUAACAGCCCAUGUUUGAGGAGAGAGAACAAUACCACCUGCUGUAUGCUUCUACUUUUACAGAAAGCUGUUCAGUGGCACAAUAUGUAUGGAUUUUUUACCGACGUCGCAUUUACAAAACCUUACGGACUAACUGGUCCAAAUUUUUUUCAGUAUCUCACUUAUUCUGACAUCUCAAAUCCGAGGAGUGUUUUUCUUACUUAUAUUGAAAAAUGCAAGAACAUCCCAUUCAAACUAGUCAGUAAAAGAAAAGAAAAUGAACUGAGACAAAAAUUGAUUAAGAUGUCUGAAAAUAGUACCAUCUAUAAGACAAUUGAUCUUGUUGAAGCCGCAUAUAAAGAAGAACUACGUAGCACUAUCAAAUCCAUUCUUCACAAACUUUUGGAUCAGGCAAACAGUUCAUCUCAUACAAAAGACCAUUUGGACCGUGGAAUUACAAUUAUUACAUCAUCUGAAUUUCCCCCAGAGGUCAGAAAUGAAAUCGUUACAGCUCUAAUAAAGAACUGGAACAAGGUUGUUAUCAAUGAAUCAGUGUCACCAAUAAGAGACAAGAUAGCCACGGAUUUCAACAAUGCAGUAGUUCAGCUUUUUGGAAAAGAGUUAAAGUUUUUUGUUGGGAACAGCAGCCCUCUGAAGCUUUAUCAGGUCCCACAGAACAUGGAGGGGGAGGGAGAAUAUGUUCAACAGAUUAGAGAGCUUUUAAAUUUGAAUUAGAUUUAUUUAUAUUAUAUCGAUAGAUUAAGGGCGGCAUGGUGGUGUGGUGGUUAGCAUUGUCGCCUCACAGCAAGAGAGUUUCUGCUUCAAUCCCAUUAUUAAUUAUUAAUUAUUUAAAAACGAAUCAUUAUUAUUAUGUUGAUCUGUUCUGUACGACAUCUAUUGCACGUCUGUCCGUCCUGGAAGAGGGAUCCCUCCUCAGUUGCUCUUCCUGAGGUUUCUACCAUUUUUUUCCCCUGUUAAAGGGGUUUUUUGGGGAAUUUUUCCUUAUCCGCUGUGAGGGUCUAAGGACAGAGAGAUGUCAUAUUAUAUAUAUCGAUGAUGUAUUAUAUUAUAUUAUUAUUGAUGAUGUAUUAUAUUACAGUAUAUUGAUAUUCGUGAUAUUUGAAUGACUGAUUAUGUCUAUAUCUAAAAACAUGGAUCUUAACUUCUUGUACUUACACAAACAUUUUGAUCUGAAAUACUAAGUGGUUAUGAUACUGUGUUGAAGUAGUCAUGACAUGAUAUGAUAUUUUUAUUUUAUUUUUGAAUUAAGACUUAAAAAAUACAGUUUUAAAAAUCUUAAUUUGGGUACCAAUUGUAAUUAGAGUACUAAUUAUUAUUGUAACUCAAGCAUAUAUUUUGUCUGGAUCUUUGUUGUCUGCUCUGUCCUGAGUUUCUGGCAAUAAAACCUUUACAUUGAA